GCACUGAGGAGAAGAAGAAGAAGAAAGUGACGGGAGUGCGGCGGCGGCGGCUCCUCGGCUCGAUCUGUUUACUUUUGCGAAUUGUGGCGAAUUUAAACUUUUAUCCUUGGCCGUUUAUUUGUUGAAUUUGUCCAGGGGGAAGCUUACGCUCAGCAGAAACCAUGGCUGAAUAUCUGGCCUCGAUUUUCGGAACAGAGAAAGACAAAGUCAACUGCUCUUUCUACUUCAAGAUUGGCGCCUGCCGACAUGGUGACAGAUGCUCUCGAAUCCACAACAAGCCAACCUUCAGCCAGACUGUCCUUCUUCAAAACUUCUAUGCAAACCCUCAGAAUUCUUUAAAAUCUGCUGAUGGCUCUCAUUUGGUUGCCAAUGUGUCUGAUGAAGAGAUGCAAGAACACUAUGAUAAUUUCUUUGAAGAUGUGUUUGUUGAAUGUGAAGACAAGUAUGGUGAGAUAGAAGAAAUGAAUGUCUGUGACAACCUUGGUGACCACCUUGUUGGAAAUGUCUACAUCAAGUUCCGCCGAGAAGAGGACGCAGAAAAAGCUGUCAAUGACAUGAACAACAGAUGGUUUGGUGGACGUCCAAUUUAUGCUGAACUUACUUCAGUGACAGACUUCCGUGAAGCAUGUUGCCGACAAUACGAAAUGGGGGAAUGCACUCGCAGUGGUUUCUGCAACUUCAUGCACUUGAAGCCCAUUUCCCGAGAACUCCGUCGCUAUUUGUACAGCCGGCGCAAGAAGGGCAGAAGGUCCCGCUCCCGCUCCCGUGACCAUGUUGGCUCCCGCCGGACCCGCUCCCCCGAACCGCGUCCCCGCCGCUCCCGGUCGAGGGACCGCAAGCGUGACCGUGAUGGCGGCAGGGGCGGCGGAGGCGGCGGCCGCGACCGAGGGGACCGUGACCACCGCGAGGGCCGGUCGGGGCGCUACUGAGAAGAGAGGACUGGACCCACGUCACAUUUCAAGCAAUGAACCGACAGUGUGGCAGGAUUUAAAUCCACACCAUGGCAAUGGCAUAGUGUUUUAUCGUAUGAUCUUUGUGGGGCUCCCUGCAUGAAGUAAUUGCUACUAUUGCUCUACUCUGGUAUCGCACCCCUACAUCUUAUGUGAACUUUGUUUUAUUUUUUACUGUUCAGAAUUUUGAGUUUUGCUUUGAGUCAAUCAAAGUGUGUGAUGGUGAUAAAUGAUUUGUCUAAUUUAAGUUUAAAUUCAGUCAACAUAAGCAGCUUGCAUAUGUUUAUCCAAAAAUCCUUCUCAACAAUUUUCCAAUCACAUUCAUGUUUUUUUGAGUAAUGAACUAUCAAACAUACAUCAUGGAUUUUUAUAGUGCAAAGUUAAAAUUGGAUUUUUUGCUUGAGUGAAUGUAUCCUUAACUGUGAAUAAUAAUAAUAAACUGUAAAUUUGUCA